AAUCGUGAGCGGAUCCGUGUGCGUGACCCGGAAGAAAUAUCAGUGCGACGCUCUCUGAUCCGCCCGAGUUUUCCUGCCGCUGCUAAUUUUAGUUUCUCUACACCGGCAGCUUGUCGGUUACAAGUCUAAAUGUGUGGAUAAAUAUUUAUAUAUGUGUCUCGUAACUAUUUAACAACGUAUACCAUUGAGGGGAGAGAUGAUGGAGUACCCGAAUCAGAGUGGGUUCAGACAGCGUAAGUUACUGCCGCAGGUCAGGAUGCGAGGGUCCGCGAUGGAGCCCAGUGACCCCACACAGUUAUUUGAUGACACCAGUUCCGGAGUGAACAAACAUGAGCCCGGCAGGGUCGGAAAAAGCCCCGAUGUGUUUUCAGGACAGAACCUGCUCUCGGACCCCAUGUCAAACCUCGCCAUGGCCUACGGCAGCAGUCUGGCAUCCCACGGCAAAGAGAUGAUGGAUAAGAACCUGGACCGUUUCAUCCCCAUCUCUAAGCUGAAGUACUACUUUGCAGUAGACACUGUAUAUGUUGGAAAGAAACUCGGAUUGCUGGUUUUUCCCUACAUGCAUGAUAACUGGGAGGUGAACUAUCAGCAGGACACACCAGUCGCUCCACGCUUCGAUAUCAACGCCCCUGACCUCUAUAUUCCAGUGAUGGGAUUCAUUACAUAUGUCCUGGUUGCAGGCCUGGCUCUGGGCACACAGAACCGGUUUUCUCCAGAAAUUCUGGGCAUUCAGGCCAGCUCAGCAUUGGUGUGGCUCAUUAUUGAGGUUUUAGCUGUCCUUCUCAGUCUUUACCUGGUAACGGUUAACACCGACCUCACCACCAUCGACCUGGUGGCCUUUUCCGGAUACAAAUAUGUCGGGAUGAUUGUGGGAGUGGUUGCAGGACUUCUGUUUGGACGGAUGGGAUAUUACCUCGCUCUGCUGUGGUUCUGCGCCUCCAUUUUUGUCUUCACGAUUCGUACGCUGCGGUUAAAGAUCCUCUCUGAAGCGGCGGCAGAGGGACGCUUAGUGAGAGGAACCAAAAACCAGCUGCGGAUGUACCUGACCAUGGCCAUCGCUGCAGCUCAGCCUGUCUUCAUGUACUGGCUGACCUUUCACCUGGUCAGGUAGAGGAGUCAAGGUCAUGAACAAGCAACUCCUCAUCAGCACACACAUGCACCCACGCACACAUUCAGACACACACAUACACAGAGAACAAACCAACGGACACGCGCUGAGAGCACAAUGUCUCUAUCUGAACUCGACUCGCCCUGCCGUCUUUUUGUAUGUUUUGGGUUUGUACAUUUCUGUUUUGUAUGAUGUACAGUGUAAUUGUUGAUUUGUUUUGUAUGUUUAUGCGACGGCGUUGUUCAGAUGCUGGGACUGUGCCAGGCCAUGGAUGGGAAUGUUUUUGGUGACUCAAACCAAAUGAAAGCGCCUCUGUGUGAUGAUUUAUUUUUAAUCCAUAUUAAAGCGCGCUGUGUUUGUU